UCAUUUUAUUGAUCCAUAAAAACUGGACACUCAAAGCUGCGCAAACCAUGCAGGAUGAUUUACUGAUGGACAAAAGCAAAACCCAGCCCCAGCAGCAGCGGCAGCAACAGCAGCAGCAGCCCCAGACCGAGCCCAGCGCAGCCGAAGCCCCGUCCACGCCCCUCUCCUCAGAGACCCCCAAGCCGGAGGACAGCAGCGCAGUGCCGGCCCUCAGCCCCGCAGCGGCCCCGCCGGCCCCCAACGGCCCGGACAAGAUGCAGAUGGAAUCGCCGCUCCUGCCGGGCUUGAGUUUCCAUCAGCCCCCUCAGCAGCCGCCGCCGCCGCCGCCUCAGGAGCCCGCAGCGCCGGGCGCAUCGCUGUCACCGUCCUUCGGCAGCACCUGGUCCACGGGCACCACGAACGCGGUGGAGGACAGCUUCUUCCAGGGAAUCACCCCAGUCAACGGGACCAUGCUCUUCCAGAACUUCCCGCACCAUGUCAACCCAGUCUUCGGAGGCACCUUCUCCCCGCAGAUUGGCUUGGCCCAGACCCAGCACCACCAGCAGCCGCCGCCGGCGCCUCAGCCGGCGCAGCCCGCGCAGCCCCCGCAGGCGCAGCCCCAGCAGCAGCGCCGGUCGCCCGCCAGCCCCAGCCAGGCGCCCUACGCGCAGAGGAGCGCCGCAGCAGCUGCGUACGGCCACCAGCCCAUCAUGACCAGCAAGCCGUCCUCGUCUUCGGCUGCUGCAGCCGCUGCCGCCGCCGCCUCAUCGGCCUCGUCCAGCUGGAACACGCACCAAAGCGUGAAUGCCGCCUGGAGCGCACCAUCCAACCCGUGGGGCGGCCUGCAGGCGGGCCGGGACCCUCGCCGGGCGGUCGGCGUGGGCGUGGGCGUAGGUGUCGGGGUGCCUUCCCCGCUUAACCCCAUCUCGCCGCUCAAAAAGCCCUUCUCCAGCAAUGUGAUCGCGCCGCCCAAGUUCCCUCGCGCGGCCCCGCUCACCUCUAAGUCCUGGAUGGAGGAUAAUGCUUUUCGGACCGAUAAUGGUAACAAUCUGUUGCCAUUUCAGGACCGGAGUAGGCCCUAUGACACUUUUAACUUGCACUCGUUGGAGAACUCCUUAAUGGAUAUGAUAAGGACUGAUCAUGAGCCUCUGAAAGGUAAACACUACCCUCCCAGUGGCCCACCAAUGAGUUUCGCUGAUAUAAUGUGGAGGAAUCAUUUUGCAGGGCGCAUGGGAAUAAAUUUCCAUCAUCCAGGAACAGAUAAUAUUAUGGCACUUAACACCAGGAGCUAUGGGCGGAGACGAGGUCGGUCUUCUCUCUUUCCCUUUGAAGAUGCCUUCCUGGACGACAGCCACGGUGAUCAGGCCUUGUCAUCUGGCUUAAGUUCUCCCACACGCUGUCAAAACGGGGAACGAGUGGAACGCUACUCUAGAAAGGUGUUUGUUGGAGGCCUUCCUCCUGAUAUUGAUGAAGAUGAGAUCACUGCCAGCUUUCGCAGGUUUGGACCCCUCGUGGUAGACUGGCCUCACAAAGCUGAAAGCAAGUCAUAUUUUCCUCCUAAAGGCUAUGCCUUUCUGCUGUUCCAGGAGGAGAGCUCAGUACAAGCUUUGAUAGAUGCCUGCCUAGAAGAAGAUGGGAAACUGUACCUGUGUGUGUCAAGCCCCACCAUCAAGGAUAAACCGGUGCAAAUUCGACCGUGGAACCUAAGUGACAGUGACUUUGUAAUGGAUGGUUCUCAGCCUUUGGACCCCAGAAAAACUAUCUUUGUUGGGGGAGUUCCACGACCCCUUCGAGCUGUUGAAUUGGCAAUGAUCAUGGACCGUUUGUAUGGUGGUGUCUGCUAUGCUGGCAUUGAUACGGAUCCAGAGCUGAAGUACCCCAAAGGUGCUGGCCGUGUGGCAUUCUCCAAUCAACAGAGUUACAUUGCAGCCAUCAGCGCUCGCUUUGUGCAGCUCCAACACAAUGACAUUGACAAACGGGUAAGCAUCUCAGGGUGGAAAUUGCUAUGGGAAAGAAAUGAAGUUUGUUCUGUGGACCCCUGGGAAGAAAAGUACGUUGUGAUCAUAAGUGAGCCGCUCUACCUUGCCUGGCAUAAGUCCAUGAGUCCAUCUAGGCUGCCUGAAAAAGAGAGCACCCUUGAUAUUUAA